GCAACACAUCUCUUCCUUUCUCACUUGUUUUUCUCCUUAUUCUUGCGCAAAAGAUGUCCGGACAGCAGCCCCCCAGCUUCAACCCAGGCGCAUUCGAGUUCCGUCCAGGACAGGCACCUUUCGCCCCCAGGCAGCAGCAGCCCUUCGACCCGUACGGCCAGCAGCAGGGCGGAUAUCCCCAGUACGGACAGUAUGGCCAGCAACAGGGAUACCCUCAAUACGGACAGUAUGGCGGUUACCCUCAGCAGCAAGGCUACCCUGUUCCCGGUGCUCCCGGUGCCGGACCUAGGGCUUACCAGCCUCCACAAGCCAGGAAUGUCCAAGGUUUCCAGCCUCCCAGCUUCUCUUCAUCGCCUGCGCCCCCUCCGGACACCAAAGCUCCUGCUGGAAAACCUGUCUCUUUAUCCAUUGGAGGUGGUGGUGCACCCAAAGCCGCUCCUAGCUUGUCUAUCGGUGGUGGUGGUGCGCCCAAGGCUGCUCCCAGCUUGAGUAUCGGUGGUGCGCCCAAGGCGGCCCCUAGCUUGAGCAUUGGCGGUGCUCCCAAGGCCGCUCCUAGCUUGAGUAUUGGUGGUGCCAAGGCGGCCCCCAGUUUGAGUAUCGGUGGAAAGAAAGAGGAGAAAAAGGAAGAGAAGGAGGCUUCCUCAAAGUCUUCUCCCAAACCUGCCGCUCCUACACCAAAACCCGCCGAUGCCCCUGCUGCCAAGUCUGAGGCCGCCUCUGCCCCUGUCUCUGCUGCCGAGAAGAAGGCUGAAAAGGCUGUUCCCCUUACCAGUGACGCUCAAGGCAAGGUUGUUGCUGCUGAGACUUCUGCUGCCAGCCCCGCCAAGUCUGGCGCUAGUACUCCCGUCGCCACUGUCAGCACCAGCACCACCAACUUCUCCAAGGUCUCUGCCAAGAACGAUGCUGAAGCUAUCUACCGCGAGCAAAACCUUGCUGGUGACGCUGCUUUGCGAGACCUGUACGGUGAGAACGUCAAGGACACCAACAUCAAGUCUCACCUAAACAUCAUUUUCACUGGUCACGUCGAUGCGGGCAAGUCUACUAUGGGUGGUCAGUUACUCUACUUGACUGGUGCUGUUGACAAGCGAACCAUGGAAAAGUAUGAGCAGGAGGCCAAAGCUGCCGGUAGGGAGACCUGGUACCUGUCGUGGGCUUUGGACAGUGGUAAGGAGGAGCGAGCGAAGGGUAAGACCGUUGAGGUCGGCAGGGCGUAUUUUGAGAGUGAAAAACGAAGGUAUACCAUCUUGGACGCUCCCGGUCACAAAACCUAUGUGCCCAGUAUGAUCUCCGGUGCCGCCCAGGCCGAUGUUGCUUUGCUUGUGUUGUCCGCGCGAAAGGGCGAGUUUGAGACCGGUUUCGAACGUGAGGGUCAGACCAGAGAGCACGCUAUGCUUAUCAAGAACAACGGUAUCAACAAGCUUAUCGUCGUCGUCAAUAAGAUGGAUGACACUACUGUGCAAUGGGACAAGGGACGGUACGAUGAGAUUACCACUAAAAUCACUCCUUUCCUCAAGGCGGUUGGUUUCAACCCCAAGACCGACAUCACUUUUAUUCCCGUUUCCGCCCAGAUUGGUGAGAACAUGAAGGACCGAGUUGACAAAAAGAUUGCUCCUUGGUGGGACGGCCCUUCGCUUUUGGAGCAUCUUGACAACAUGGAAAUUAUGGACCGAAACAUUAAUGCUCCCUUCAUGCUUCCCAUCUCUGAAAAAUACAACGAGUUGGGUACCAUGGUUAUGGGCAAGAUUGAAUCCGGCCACGUCAAGAAGGGCGACACUUUGCUUAUGAUGCCCAACAAGCACACUGUUGAAGUCACUGGUAUCUUCUCUGAACAAUCAGAGGACAUGGACAUGGCAUUCUGUGGUGACAAUAUCCGAAUGCGAAUCUCUGGUGUUUCUGACCGAGACAUUACCCCCGGUUUCGUCCUUACCUCUGUUCAAAAGCCCGUCAAGGCUGUCACUGCCUUCAAGGCAGACAUUAGUUUCAUUGACACCAAGAACAUUAUCUGUCCCGGUUACAGCUGUGUCUUGCACGUCCACACCCUUGCUGAGGAAGUUUCCGUUACUUCAUUCCUCCAUUACUACGAGAAAAAGACUAGGAGAAAGUCCAAGAAGCCCCCUCAGUUCGCUAAGGCUGGUAUGCUGGUCUCUGCCCUCAUUGAGACUUCUGCCCCUAUCUGUAUUGAACGAUUCGAGGACUAUAAGAUGCUUGGUCGAUUCACUUUGCGUGACGAAGGUAAAACUGUUGCUAUUGGCAAGGUAACCAAACUUAUUGAAAGGAGCGAGGAUAUGCCCGAUGUUGCUGCGCUUUCCUUGAAGGCGGCGUCGUAAAUUGGUGACUAGAUAAAACGAAUGUUGUAGACGGUGUUAAUCUGCGGCUCGUAAUGAAGAUAAUGCAUAUGCGCAUAGUGGAUUUCUAUACAAGUUGAUCAAUUAGAGGAUAUAUAUUGUUAUA